UUUUUAACCAGUUUGGUGGCUGUAUGUGGCUUUAAGCUGUUUCAUUCUCCCUGUAGUAAUAAGAUGUCUGCUUAGCUUUGCUAUGGGGAAGUGACAAGUGUUGUAAAUUCUAAGUAUUGGCUCAGUCCACUUUCAUGCUACCUGUUUCCAGAGCCAAGAGAAUUUGGAACAUCAUUUUUGCUUGCUGUUUUUGCUAGGGAGCAAGUAUAACAUGGGCAGCCUCAGUUGGAUUCUUAACCCUGAAUAUCAGCAACAGAACUAGUAAUUAAGGUAUCAGUUCUCAAAAGUUUUGGGUGCCUACCCCAGAGUAGGUAGAGUUGCAACUGUACAGUUUUCAGCUGAGCUGAACACUUAAAUACACUUGAAGAGCCUGGGUUUAUCUUUCACACGUGGGACUUCCUUAAACCAGAAAGGUCUGGGUAGCCCUUCUGCCCUGUCCUUUCUCCUGCACAUCACUUCUGUAAUGCUCCUGCCCUGCCUCAGGGCCCACUGGCCUGCAGACUCCAGAGUGCAUUUAAACAGUAAGGGUUCCCAUGCUCUUAGAUAAUCGUUGUUAUCUUACCCUCAAUGUGCCAUACCUCUGAACUCUGACAGGAGCUCCAAAGGUUGACAGUCUGAUAGACAUGGCAGUAUUUGCCUUUUACUUGUUGUCAGUGUGUCACUCUUGGACUUGACUGCCCUUGUGACAGGACUGUGCUUGAGGCAUGCAUAAGGGAUCAGUUACUUUCUACUAAGGUGUUUUCUUACCAAAGUUUUUUCCCAGAGUUUGUGGUGGUGUUCAGGACUAGCCUGGAUGGGGCUUAAAACAACAUGGCCUAGUAGCAAAUGUCCUGCCCAUGGCAGUGAGGUUGGAGCUAGGUGGUCUUUUAAGAUCUCUUCCAACCCAAACCUGUCUAUGAUCCUGUGAUUCUCCUUGAAUAACUCAAAACUUUCAGUCUUUUGUGACUAAAUUGCCCAAGUGUUUGAAACUAUAUUCCUGAUUUUCAUUACCAUUGAAUUCUGGGGUUUUCUGUCAUCUCUUAUUUAAUGUCAAUCCUGCCAAUAUUUUAGAUACUUUUUGCUUUUUGGAUUUCUCUGCAGCAUUCAGAUGAGCAAGCACCACUGUGUUACCCUGCCAACAGAGAAUCCUUAAAUUGAGCCAGAUGUGUUAGUGAGAAUGGUGGAUAGGACUGCUGUCUUUGUUCUGUUACUUCAGGGCAGAAUAGAAAUGCUGUUGCUUCGUGGGGUUCAUAUUAUUAAAUCUGUGACAGUUUAUAUAUGGUUUGUCCUCAAGAUGUUUUCUCUUUGCUAUGCAUUUCUGAUAUCCUUUCAUCCCAAAGGGCUAUCCAUGAGCACUACAUUGUCAGCAACAACAAAAUGUAGUGUACAAUAACAAAGCAGCAAGUUAGACUUACUUUGCUCUUAUCUUGUGCUUUUCACUCAUGUUUCCCUAGACAAAAUAGCUUGUCUGUGAAGUGGCCACUCAGUGUUCAAAGGACUUUCGUUUGUGUUUGAUUUGGGCUUUUGGAUGUUUCACCUUAAAAGUCAGUUCAAAAGGAUGUUUUUGAGCUGUGUACCUUGCAUGAAAAAUACAAUUUCGGUUGGCUUGAAUUUUGCAAUUUGCUGUCAAGCAGGAAUAUUUGUACCAUGCAAUGGAAUGAAUGAAGAUUUUGGUGUCUGCUGCAGAUUCUCGAGACCUGCUCUCUACCAGCAUGUUAUUCCGCUGUAUCUCUGACACUGGUCCAUUACCAUACUUUCAAGUAGCUUCUGUUUUUAUUUUGAAGCAAACUCAGCUUUGAAAGAAACUGAGUCACUUGGUACAGGCAGUGUUCCAAAAUCAUGACCUGCAUAACUGAUUAGAACAGAAUUUAUUCCUCUUGUACCCACUUUAUUUGAUAUAAUGACCUUACAUUACUUGUUGUUUUAAUGUUGUGGUGGUAUUAACAAAUUAGAUGACAAAAUUGAAUUCAUGACUUGCAAGCAUGUGCAGUCUUAAUUUUAUCUGUGAGAGCAGUGGCCAUUAUAAACUCUGUGCAUUCAUCAGCUGAAGAUCAAGUAAACCUUCAAGCAUUAUUCCUUUUUCACAUCUUCUCUCAGAUCAUUCACACUGGUACAGUAGUAAGACUGAAGAAAAACAUCAAGUGACUGUGUCAGUCAGGGCAGUGUGCAUGCACUUCCCUUUCCUUUCUCUUUGACCCAGUUUUCUGCUCUCUUUUUUUUUACUCUGGCAUCUGACCAGACAGUACCUGUUAUUUUCUUAUACAAUGUUCUUUCCUUUGUGAAUUUGCCCUAAAGUUAUUGAGGCAUAUCACCAGCUUCUGAUGUUUCCAUCCUUUCCAGUAUUGAAUUGCACUUCUGAAAAGCAUACAUGAAAAAUAUGACAAUGAUUUUUACAUGCACAAAAUAUUUGCUGUUAAAUACUACAAUAUAUAUGUUUCAUCACUCUUUAUGUUAUUUUUUUUCCUGCCUAAACAUGAAUUCUGUAUGCUUUGGAAAACAACACGGAAAUGUAUUUUGGACAGGUUUUGUCUCGAGCAGACUGUACAUCUGGUCAAAGAUCUGUAGCUCUCCUGAGAACAGCUCUUUUCCUGAAAGGGAGUGGGCUUUGAUUAUUUGUUACAUAUUGUCACCAGAAGGGUAAGGCAGCAUGUGUUAAGUUCAGCUCACUCCCAGGAAGCCCAGUUUCUGGAGCUGGGCGCCAGAUGGAAGACCUUGCUAAUCAAUGGCUGCUCCAGUGGGCUGCAGUUCAGUGGCCUUCACUGAAUUUUAGCUAUUUUAUAUAUUUUAUAUACCAACACCUACACUGCAGGCUUGAAGAUCAUGGGGUUUUUUCUUCAGAGGAGGAGAGCUUCACUUUGACAUUAGGAAUCACUAAGAACAUAUUUAAUUACAUCAGGAUUAAUUCCAGAGUCACAGAGUACUUUGUGUUGGAAGGGACCUACAGGGACCAUCAAGUCCAGUUCUUAAAUUUAUGGCACAUACAGGGAUCAAACCUACAGUCUUGGUGUUAUUAGCACCAUGCCCUAGCCAGCUGAUUUAAUGGGGAGAAAUACCUGCAUUUUUAAGGUAACUCCUUCAAAUUAGAAAAGUAUCAGGAAUUAAUGGCCUUCACAAGGCAUUCUGGUUUGCUUCAGAAUCUCCAUACAAGUACUUACACAAUAGGGUGGUUAUACAGGGUGGCAGCUGUAACAUGUAUUCCCUCGCAGCUGAUAGCUAAUAAUUCAUCCUAAAAUAGGAACUAUAACCUCAUACUAGUACUACCUGUCUUACUAGGGUUAAAGGAUGUCAGCCAAGUGCUACAGAUUCCUAAUUCUUUCCAGUGCUUGGCUGUAUAUACAUAUGAGCUGGUAUCUUGGUCUUUACCUUGCUUUUUUGUCUGAAUAACUAAGUUAAUAAGAUUGCUUGGAGGUUUGGGGUAUUUUUGCUUUAUUUUUGUUUGUUUGCUUAUUUUCUUGUGGGUUUUUGUUGGGUUUUUUGGUUAGUAAACACCUACCUCAAAAUAAUUUUGUUGGGGUUACAUCUCCAUUUGGUGGCAAUGCUGAUGCCCAGUAGGCUGCCCUCUGCCCUGCCCAGGUGCACACACAUGCUAAUGUUAUCUCUGUUAUGUCUUGCAAUCCUGGUCAGGGAAGACUCUGAAAUCACUGGGUAUUUUAAUUUGAAAGGGCAGGACCUGUCCCUGAAUUAUUUUUUCACCUCUGAGAAGAGUCCCUAGAGGCAGUUGUUGGGAGGGAGAAUGUCUAUAUCCACAGUUCUCUCCCAUGGUGGAUAAAUUAUUGACAGUGCUGAGAAGUGAAAUCCUUUUCCUGGCACUGCUCAGAGGCACUAAAUUCAUCUUGAGGCAGAUGAGACGAGAAGAAGUGGAGAGGAAAAUCACAUCAGCCAAGGAUAAAUCUUUAAUGUUAUCCAUCAUGUGUUACGUUGGAAAUAGAGUGGUCUGGGAGGCCUGUAUUCCUCAAAAGUUGUCCCUGGGUUAUUCAUCAGCUGGCAUUGAGGUUUUGAUACAGCUUUUUUUUUGCAGAAAUGAUCAUUACGUUGCGUGAAAUACACAUCUAGUGCAGCUAGUGUGACAUACAGAGCAUGAUACACAAUAUCAUAUGCUCAGUCUUCAGUUUGUUUGGUUAUUCUUCUGAAUGUCAAUAACCUAGUAAAUGUCACAGUCAAAUAAACUGGUUUUGUGCAGUGUGGAGUGUUCAGAUACUCGGCGGUAGCUGCUGUGCUAAUGUGCUGCUCUGAGUGCCCAGCCGUGGAACCCAGUGAGUGCACAGCCUGUCAGGGAGAGGGUAAGCACUGUCAGUUUGAUUUCUGGUUGCCAUUUCCAAGGGCACAUUUCCACCGGGGAUGGAGGCAGAGAUAGUUGCCAAGCACCACUCUUUUUGCAGAGUCUUGCCUUCCAAAGUCCUGUGUGCAAAGGGCCAUUAGGAAUUAGCAUUGCACUUAUCUUGGCAUGGCAUAUUUGCCAUUUACUGGGCUUUACAACUUUACCAAGAUAAAUUUAAGUGUCAUUAAAUUAAAGGCAAAGAAAAGACUGAUGUGGAAAACAUCCACGGCUUUUUCAAACAAACCCACAACAGCCAGUAAAGACCAUAUGAGCCUAUACUGUACUAGACUGUAUAUGAACCCUGUGCUCCUGAGCCCUUGUUUGCCCAAGAACUGAGACAGCACAGCACAUUUUAGACCCUGUGGGGAGACACUAGAGAAGUUCAGAGUUAUUAGUCUCAAAUGUGGUAUCUACAGCUCCUGGGGAGAAAACUUCCUUCAGUUAACCUUUCUCUGUGAGGUUAACUGACCCCUGGCACAGGUUUUUGGAUAGGCUGUGGAGUCGCCAUCCUCUGAUAUAUUCAAAAGCCAUCUGGACAUGAUCCUGAGCAGCCAGCUCUGUGUGACUGUGCUGUAGCAGGGGGGCUAAACUGGAUGGUUUCCACUCCCCUUCCAGCUUCAGCCCCUCUGAGAUUCUGUGAAGGACUGGACUCCAUAUCCUGUCAAGAUGGUUCAGCUCCUUACCCUUCCAAAACAGACACACCAGUUUAUACUUGGGAUUCUUUCUGUUUGCCCACAGGGCUCAUCGCUGCCAUCCUGUCAGGUAACAAUCCCCUAUUUCAGGAUGGCCUGUGAAAGAAUGACUUGAGGGCUUGAUGGUCCAAAAAAAAAGCCUCAAGCAAGUGGGAUUAGGCCUCAAUAACAACAGAUCCUCAUGUGACCUAUUAAGUGGUUGGGGUUUUCCCUAUAGGAUUCCUGAUUUUAACCAGCUCAGAACAUUCAGGGGCACAAAUUCAGUGCUUGUGUCAGCUCUCACUUUGGCGAGCAGAGUGGUGAAAUGAUUGUGGUCCUUUUUUCACAGGCUGCCUGUGGUGUGAUGGGCCACAGGCCACCUGUGUCUCAGUGGGGAAGGAGCAGUGCUGAUGGUGACUGCCUGGGGGGCUGCGUUUCCUUCUUGCAUGGUGUUAUUCCUGGAUGCUGCUCACGCCCAGCCAGCCAUCCCAAACUCCUCCAGGAAAGAAGAAACUUUAUUUUCUUGCAGAAAUGAAAUAAGAAAUGUAUUUGUUUUUAAAAAAGGAGCAACCCGUCAGGCUCUGCGUAUGGGCCUAAAAAAACAAACCAAAAAUUUGCAAAAAAACAAAACCCGACCUAAAAACUGAACAAAGAUUUUUUAAAAGAAGUUGUGGAUAACGGGAAAAAAAGGCAUGGUAAAAACUGGAUGAAGCAACUAAUUGGUAUUUUUAAGGGAGCAGAGGGAGAGCAGAGAACAGAGUGUACAGAAAAGCAAGAAGGCAUCAAGAGCAGAUGCAAAAGAACAUGAUUUUUUCCUAUGGGACAAAAUUGUGGUCUCAAAAAUACAAGCAUACAUUUCUAGUGUUGCUUUGCAGCAGGAGCAAUUGCUUUUGUUGCUUCGAAUAGAUUGUCUGGUGAUAGAGACAUCACAGAGAUUAUUACUGAUGUUUACAAGCAGGCAGUGUGGCAUGAGGCUCAGCCAUGAAUAAUGAAUGUAGUCCUUGUUAAAGGUAAAAGAGCAGAGAGUAACAGUUGUAGCACUAUCUGCAGCACUUUACUUCCAAGUAUAAGAUAAAAUUGAAUUUAAUCUCUGAGCAAGUAUGUUCAUUCCAUUUCUAACUGGUUUUUUUGUGUUUAUUUUCCCCAUAGCUUGCACCUUCCCUUCCAUUACAAGAAGAUUUUGUUUACCACUGGAAAGCAAUCACCCAUUACUACAUAGAGACCUCAGAUGACAAAGCUCCUGUGACUGAUACGAACAUUCCCUCUCACCUGGAACAGAUGUUGGAUAUUCUAGUUCAAGAAGAAAAUGAGAGGGAAUCAGGUGAAACAGGACCAUGCAUGGAAUAUUUGCUACAUCACAAGAUUUUGGAGACACUUUACACACUAGGAAAAGCUGAUUGUCCUCCAGGAAUGAAACAGCAAGUUCUGGCUUUUUAUACAAAACUUCUUGGAAGAAUACGGCAACCUCUUCUUCCCCACAUAAAUGUGCAUAGGCCAGUGCAGAAAUUAAUCAGGCUCUGUGGUGAGGUUCUGGCAACACCAACAGAAAAUGAAGAAAUUCAGUUUCUCUGUAUAGUAUGUGCAAAGCUGAAGCAGGAUCCAUACCUGGUCAACUUUUUCCUUGAGGUCAUUCAGGAUCCUGUUUUGCACCUUUGCAGGAGGCAGAGUAAGUUAAAAGCAAUGGCUCUCCAAGGAUCAGCAAGUGUAAUCACAGAAGACAUGAUAAAAGACCAAGAGUCCGUGGCAGCAGACACGGGGCAGCCUGGCCAGCCUGAGGAGACGCCCGGUGCUGCCGGAGCCGAGCACAUGGAGAAGGAGGAUGAGCUCCCACAGCAGGCAGAGGAGCUCUCUUUCAGUCUGGAUGAACUCAAUGUCACAUCAUCACCUGAGUCCUCCACUGCUUGUCCAAAUCAAGACUAUAAUUUAGUGAAUUCUCUACUAAACCUCACUAAAAGUCCUGACGGCCGGAUAGCAGUGAAGGCCUGUGAAGGUCUGAUGCUUUUGGUGAGUUUGCCAGAACCAGCAGCUGCCAAGUGCCUGACUCAAAGCACUUGUUUAUGUGAAUUGUUGACAGACAGGCUGGCCACCCUCUACAAAGCCUUGCCUCAGUCACUGGAUCCCUUAGACAUUGAAACAGUGGAGGCAAUUAACUGGGGUUUGGAUUCCUACAGCCACAAAGAAGAUGCAUCUGCUUUUCCAGGGAAAAGAGCAUUGAUUUCAUUUCUUUCUUGGUUUGACUACUGUGAUCAACUCAUCAAAGAAGCACAAAAGACGACUGCUGUUGCUAUGGCAAAAGCUGUGCGGGAACGAUUCUUCAUUGAUGUUAUGGAACCUCAGCUGAUGCAAACUUCAGAGAUUGGAAUCCUCACAUCAACAGCACUGCUGCACCGCAUUGUUCGUCAGGUGACUUCGGAUGUCCUGCUGCAGGAGCUGGUGUAUUUUAUCCUUGGAGAGCACAGGGAGCCAGAAACCCUGACAGACAUCAACAGGCAUCCAUUGCGGCACAGGCUGAUCGAGCACUGUGAUCACAUUUCUGAUGAGAUCAGCAUAAUGACUUUACGAAUGUUUGAGCACCUUUUGCAAAAACCCAAUGAGCACAUUCUUUAUAAUUUGGUUCUGAGAAAUUUGGAAGAAAGAAACUACAUGGAAUACAAGCCUCCCUGUCAAGAAGAUAAAGAUGUGGUAGAGAAUGGACAAAUUGCUGGAGCAGUAGAUCUGGAGGAAGAUCCAUUAUUUACUGAUCUGUCUCCAGAUAACACAUUGUCAGCUCAGGAGUGGCUCAGUGCUUCUCCACCUGUCAGUCCAGAACAUCCAAAAAAUGAUGGGAAGACUGAAGUUCAUAAAAUUGUAAAUAGUUUUCUCUGUCUUGUACCUGAUGAAGCAAAGUCAUCAUACCAUGUGGAGGGUACAGGUUAUGAUACUUACCUCAGAGAUGCCCACAGACAAUUCCGGGAUUAUUGUGUCAUUUGCUUACGGUGGGAGUGGCCUGGAUCUCCCAGAUCUUUGGAAAAGUGCAAUUUAGAAGCGUCAUUUUUUGAAGGACACUUCUUGAAAGUUCUGUUUGAAAGAAUGGGGAGGAUUCUUGAUCAGCCCUAUGAUGUAAAUUUACAAGUUACGUCAGUGUUGUCCAAACUGUCCCUCUUUCCCCAUCCUCAUAUACACGAAUACCUUUUGGAUCCUUACGUCAACCUCGCCUCUGGCUGCAAGUCUCUCUUCUCUGUGAUUGUCAGGGUGGUCGGGGACCUCAUGGUUAGAAUCCAGCGCAUCCCAGAUUUCACUCCCAAACUUCUGCUGGUCAGAAAACGCCUGCUGGGCUUGGAGCCAGAAGGGCCCAUCAUUGACCACAUGACGUUACUAGAGGGCGUGAUUGUGCUGGAAGAGUUCUGCAAGGAGCUGGCGGCGAUCGCCUUUGUCAAGUACCACACCUCAGCCACGCCCUGAGCAGCCCGGCCCAGCCACCCCCGGAGGGCCGCGGACAACAGCCAGAGACAAGGUGGUGCCUCCCGGCAGCGGCAGGGGGUGUUGGGAAGACAAGUUGCUUUCACCAGAUGUUGAGAUUGCAAAUGGACUUGGAAUAUGAGCAAAGGCAUUUGGGGAGAAACCAGUACACAGCAUUUCUAGACCCUGUGAGAAGAGCUGCAAAAGCUGCAUGAAGAACCACAGCCAUCAGACCUUGGUUAUUCUGAUGACAAUGUUUAGAGAGUUUGGGCUCUUGUGUGUUCUGGGGCUCACAUGCACCAAUUUGCUCUUUGUGACCAUAUUACUUUUAAAAAAGCAAAUUAAUUUUAUAACAUUUUUAUGUCUUAAUACCUUUUCUUUUCAGUUAGAUAUAUGAAAGAAAAAUAUACCUAUACUUGCAACGUACGUUAUUAGAAAUUAAGAAGCUCAAAAAAAUCCACCAAUCCAUAUACAACAGGAUAUGUUAAUGAGGGAUCAUUUUGCUUUUGGUAGAUCUUAAGUACAGCUCUAAGCUUGAUUCCUCAUUGGUUUACUCCAAGAAAUCUAUCAGUCUAAAAUCAAUACUAAAGAAAUUAAUCCUGAUUCGGCAUCACAUCCAUAACAAAUAUAUCUGAAGUGUACAUGUUUGUAGCAUGUUUGUCUCUGUCAUUCCAAGUGAUUGGUCUCCAGGUCAUCCAUGUAACUAGAUUAGCUUUAGCUUUUUACAUGGGAGCUCUAGUUGUUUGACUUAUGUCAUCUUUAUAUUAUAGGUUAAUUAUAGGUCAUCAGUAGUUGUUGCUGAAACAGUAUUUUUAAUUUCUUUUAAAUUGGUAUUGGUCUGAAUUGGUUUAAGAAUCCUUUGUGCCUUGAAAAUUGGCAGCAUAAACAUUUUGUUAUUUUGAGAGACAUUUUUAUUGCUUAUCUAACCAUCACAGUGAUGCCAACUCAGUUAAAGCAUUGAUAACUUAUUUAGGACCAAAAUUUGCACUGCUUUUCACAGUGCUGGGAUGCAGGAAUGCCUCUCAGUGACUCCCUUUCCAUGUGAAUGCCAUCAGCCAGGGCAGGCACUGGCAUUGCAAGCAGAGGCCACUUCAGGGUGCUUUGCUUCUGCCCUCCAGAGGCUCCUCACAGCCAGCAGCCUGUCUGGACUUUGCAGUCACGCCCAGUGACCUGUCCUGCUCCCCACACUCGCGGGUGGGACCCCUUUCCCCUCCUUUGAACAAGGCCAGGUAGAGCUCAGUUCCUUCUGUUUACAUUAUCUUUCCUCGUUUGUCUUUCCUGCCCCCUGUUGGCACAGCUAAUGCCCAUUUCAGAUGUCAUUGCUCAUAUGCAAACAUGGACUAAUUUAUUCAGUUGCUAGAAUUGCUCUGGAUUUACAUGACUGUACCUAGAAUCAGAUUCUGCUCUUUAUCUAUGCCUUUGAGGUCUUGUUUUUUAAUAUUUAUGGAAGCUGGAUAUUAAGAGACCUUCUAAGUUAGCAGGUUAAUUAGAGCACUGUCACAGUUAAUGGGCUAAAUUUAUUCUUGUCACCAGUGAAGAGCAUCCUGCUGUAAAAGCUUCCAGGAUCAGCUGGAGAAAGCAGUUCUGGAACUGGGGAAACGUUUUGGUAGGUAAAAUCUGUAUUCGGUGGCUCCCUGUACUGGGACACUUUUGUAAAAACUGUUGCAUUUCUCUGGCAAACAAAAGCAUGCUUUAUUUCUUCACCUGUUUUUUGGGUUUUUUUUUCUGCAUUUAGCUCUAAAGCGUUUUCAGGUCCAAGUAGUAUAGUAGGACAAAAUUUGAAAAAAUUGCAUUUCAUUUUCUUCUUGAGAAACAUACCUUGAAUAUAGCAAAUAAUUUUUAGUGAUCUGCAUUGCAGACAGUCCACAUUAGGACCUUACUUAAUACCUGACACAUAGUUUAUAACAUGUUGAUCUCUAUGCAGAGUGAUGUUUAAUACAUACAUUUGUUAUUUAGAAGGUUCCAAUUCAGCAAAAUAGUUAAACAUAAACUUAAUUUCAAGUAUUUUUUCCUUAAAUCACAAUCUUUUACAUGAACAAAGUUAAGCAGUUGAGCAGAAAUGCUGAUGCUUUUCUGAAUUGGGGUCUUUGUUGGUUUUGCUUGAUCCUAAUUACUUUUUCCUCAAAUCAUCUAUUUAUUUUUUUUUAAAGUAUGUGAUCCAAAAUACUUGUAAUGUCCCAGUUUCAGUGGAAACUGGAAGUGAUAAUACUACUGUAAAGGAAAGUGAGUGAAAUGUUAAACAAAACUUGCAAGAGCAUUCCAAGUAAUAUACGAAUUGAUAAAGCCAUUCAAGAGUUGCCUGAUCUCAAAUGAAAGCAUUAACAUCACUUCCUUUGUUUGGCUGUUUUCACUGGUAGCUGAACUUACCCUGAAAGGCUGCAGCCUCUGUGGUGUGCUGAUGCAAAGCACUGCAGAGCUGCAAACACAGCUCCUUAAGCUUGUCCAUGGCAAAAAUAAGUAGAUAGAACUAUGAUCACUCUUAAAUUCAGGCUAUGAUUGUUCAGUCUCCAGUGACAUUGGUGAUGUUCUCUUUCAAACCACAUGUUAAUUAGUUGAUAAAUUUAUAAGACCUGGAUCCAUCCUCACACAAGUGAAGCCAUCCUUAAAGUUGCUUUAGCCUAAACUGCUUUUGUGCGUGCUGCCUACAAACCCUUAUUACCAUACUGAUGACGAUGACCUUUAUUUUUGUAAAAGUGCUUUAAUCUUUCUUAAGAGAUGGAACUCAUUUAAUUUUUUUUUGUGGUGAUAUUUUUCAUGCACUUUUUUAAUGAUUAGAAGUUAGUUCAGGUCCAUGUUUUCACCUUUUUGAUCUAUGCAUGUCAUGAGGAGCCCAUUUUGUUUCUGUGUGCAUGUGUUUGUAUGUGGUUAUUUAUUACCCAGAGAGGGCCAUCAGAGAAGAUACUUGGCCUAGAGAGUUCAUGGCUUGUGCAGAUCCUCCCGAUGUCAGUGGGAAAGACAAGUGCUCAUCACCUUAGAGAUGGGGCCACGGGUAUUAGAUUGAAAUACUUGAGAUGGGAUACUAGAAUAAUUUUUUAUUUCAAAAAGCAGAUCCAAACCACAUUCUAAUCCUGAUGCACAUGUGUGUAAAUAGAAGCAUUGGUUUGUUUUGGUUUUUUUUUUUUUGUUCAUUUAUAGUAUGUAUUUGAUUUAGACUCUGAUUCAGAAAUUUUUGUAAUAAGCCAUGUGCUAGCUCUGGUAGAACAAGUUUGUCCUUAGGUUCUCCUAUGACUGUAAUAUUCCUGGUAUUCAGAUUCUGUCUGUGUAAUGUUAUUACUCUAUAUUUGUCUGUGCAAUAUAAAAGCUGUGACUUGAUGCACAGCUUGAGUCUGGUUGUACAUCACCUAUGUAUAUAUAUACAUAUAUAUAUAAAAGGACCAGAAUCCCGAGCUUGCUUACACUAUGAUUAGUGUAAAGAUUGCCACACUUCAUUUUACAGGGCACAAAUAAUCAUGGAAUGGCUUUGUAAAUGCAUGGUAAUUUCUACCAUAACCUGCUGUGCAAUCUCACAGGUGACAUUUUAUUAGUGCUCUUUGUCUUGCUAGAAGAAAUACUAACCUGAAGGACUUGGUGAGAUUAAAGUGUCCUGGAGUAGACCUGGGGCUACAUGGAAAAUCCAUAUCUGAUAUUGCAUAUCAUACAGGGUUUUCAAACCAUGUCCUCAAUGCUUUCUGUGCCCUGUAAAAUAGUGUAAUUAUAUAAAAUAUAUACUCCUUGUUUUGCCUCCUGCCUUGUUUACAUUAAACAGAGGAUAUUCAGUAAAAAUUUUCUAAUAAACUUUGUGUAGGUCACUUACUAACAGUGUUGCCAAGGUUUCACAGAUGUGGGAAUUUCCAAUGAGGAACUGUUGAAACAGCCACAUUACUAGACAUACAAUAUUAAGUUUUAUGAAGGAGGUUGUGAUAAAACUCAACUUUUUGUGCUAAAAAAUGCAUGGAGGAUUAAAAGGGAUAUUCUCAAAAUAAAUUAAUUUCAGUGAA